AUAAUGGCAGGGCAGGUCCGCCAACCCAUCGACACGGCCUCGCUCGAGCGGUACAUCAGUGCCAAUGUGCCGGACAUCGCGGUGCCGAUUGAUGUGAAGCAGUUCGGAUACGGGCAGAGUAACCCGACGUAUCAAUUGACGGAUAGCAAUGGGAAGAAGUUUGUUAUGAGGAAGAAGCCGCCGGGGAAGUUGCUUUCAAAGACGGCGCACAAGGUCGACCGCGAGUACCGCAUUAUCCACGCGCUCGAGAAAACCGACGUUCCCGUCCCCCGCGCAUACUGUCUCUGUCAAGACGAGAAGGUGAUUGGGACGGAUUUCUACAUCAUGGAGUUUCUGGAUGGGCGCAUCUUUGAAGAUCCAGCGCUGCCGGAGGUAACGCCUGAAGAGCGCACGAAAAUGUGGCACUCUGCGAUAACAACGCUGGCGAAAUUCCACCGCGUGGUGCCCAAAGAUGUAGGGCUUGAGAGCUACGGCAAGCCCUCGGGUUUCUACAAUCGACAGAUCAACACCUUCAAUACCAUCUCGACUUCGCAAGCUGCCGCCAAAGAUAAAGAGACUGGUGUCCCUGUGGGGAAGAUCCCGCAUCAAGAUGAUAUGGUCGCGUUUUUCAAGGAUCCCAAGACGCAGCCAAAGGACAGAGGCAGCUUUGUGCACGGCGAUUAUAAAAUUGAUAACGUCGUGUUCCACAAGACGGAGCCGAGGGUCAUUGGUAUUUUGGACUGGGAAAUGUCUACCAUCGGACAUCCUUUGAGCGAUAUCAACAACCUCUUGGGCCCGUACGUGACUGCAGGUAGUGAGCGGAUGAUGAAGAUUGGGCGAGCGAAUCAAGCUUUCCUGCCUGGUGCAACAGAGGGACUACCAACGACUAGCCAGUUGAUAGCAUGGUACUCCGAAGUGGCAGGUUGGGAUCCACGACCAGAUUUGACAUGGGGAGAUGCGUUUUCGACGUAUAGGUCAGCUAUCAUCAUGCAAGGGAUUGCGGCACGAUAUGCGCUUCGUCAAGCCAGUAGCGCGCAAGCGAAGGAAUACGGUGCUAUGAUGCAGCCGUUUGCGGAGACGGCAUGGGAACUAGUAGAAGAAUACAUGAAAACGCACGCGAAGGCAAAACUGUAA